AAAAGCAAUAGACCGAUUUAGUUUCAACAUUAGUUCUAAAUUAAGAACAAAGCAACAAUCACAAUGAAGGUUUUCGUUUGCGUUUUGGCUGUUGCCAGCCUUAUGGCCACAGCUAAUGCCGGCUUUUUGGGAUUAUUAGGAGGCGGUGGUGGUGGCCACGGCGGUGCCGGUGGCGGCUAUGGAGGCGGUCAUGGUGAUGGUGGCUACGGCGGUGGUAGCUAUGGUGGCGGCCAUGGUGGUGGUGGCUAUGGAGGUGGUGGCUAUGGAGGUGGUGGCUACGGAGGUGGUGGCUACGGAGGUGGUGGCUACAGCGGUGGCGGCCAUGGCGGUGGUGGCCACGUUGAUGUUUACAAAAUUAUCACCACUACUUCCCACGGAGGUGCUGGUGGCUACAGUGGUGGUGGUGGCGGCUAUGGCGCCGGCGGUCAUGGAGGCUAUAGCGGCGGUGGUUAUGGCGGUGGUGUCGGUGGCGGCCAUGGUGGUUAUGGUGGUGGUGUCGGUGGCGGCCAUGGUGGUUAUAGCGGUGGUGGUCAUGGUGGUAGCUCCGGCGGUCAUGUCAGCGUUUAUAAAAUCAUCACAACUUCCAGCGCUGGUGGUCACGGUGAUGGUGGCUACAGUGGAGGCGGCGGCUACGGUGCUGGUGGCGGUGGCUACGGUGCUGGUGGUGGCGGCUACGGUGGUGGUGGUCACGGUGGCGGCUGGAGUUCCAGCUGGUAUAGGGUUUUCGUAUGCUUGUUAGCCCUUUGCGCCGUUGCUAAUGCCGGUUUCUUAGGAGGUGGCGGCGGUGGUGGUGCUGGUGGUUGGUCCAGCGGUGGCGGUAGCAGUGGAGGCUGGUCCAGCGGUGGUGGUGGCGGUUCAUCUGGUGGUUCCGUUAAAAUCAUUAAAAUCAUCUCCGAAGGUGGAUCUGGCGGUCAUGGUGGUGCCGGUGCUGGUGGUUGGUCUUCAGGAGGCUCUGGCGGCUUCGGCGGUGGUUUCGGUGGCGGCUAUGGUGGCGGUCAUGGCAGUGGUCAUGGUGGUGGUCAUGCCGGCGGUGAUGUCCAAAUCAUUAAGGUCAUUUCACAAGGUUCCUCCGGUGGCGGUCAUGGCGGCCAUGGUGGUUGGUCUUCUGCUCCUGCCCCUGCUCCAGCUCCUGUUAAAAUCAUUAAGGUCAUCUCUGAAGCUGCUCCCUCUGGUGGUGCUGGUGGUUGGUCUGCUGGCGGUAGUGGUGGCUGGUAAAUCCGUUACCUCUUCAUUGUCCAUGCCUGAUACUCGAUUGUUUAAUUAGCUUUGUGAUAUUUUUUUUACUGAAACAUCGAAAAACUACCAUUUGUUAUUGUUAUUGAAUUGUAUCUCACUUCAUUUUUGAAGUUCUAUCAUUUUCACUCUCUUUUAGUUAAAUAAAACUCUUUUUUGUUAUAUAAAAAUUA